CCGGCCAAGCGCAAAGGUGUUGCAAGGUGUUCACAGUGCUCAGUGACCAGGAGCUGCUCAGUGUAGGCGGAGUAAACCUUGAAAUAUAACUUUGCAAUAAUAAUACUAACAAUAAACGCCUGCGAUGCACCUGCUAAUACUACCAGCAGCUUUUCUUGUGAUCUGCUGGUCUCAAGUGGUCAAUAGUCAUGUGUUUGGCUACUCGGAGCCCAAUCAGAGGCGUUGGGCGCGUCAUCAUGGACACUGUGCGGGCAAGACACAAUCACCCAUAGCCAUCACCUCCAGUCAUACAAUACCCGUCCACAUGCCGGCAGUGGAUAUGAUUGGCUAUCACAAUCUGCUGCCGUAUCCGCUGAAGAUGAUCAACAAUGGGCAUACGGUCUCCAUUGGCAUACCCAAGCUAAAUAGCAGCGAGGAACAGUAUGAGUUUCUGCCCUACGUGCGAGGCGCUAAGCUGCCCGGCGAGUUCGAAGUGGAGGGUCUGCACUUCCAUUGGGGCGACAAAAACAAUCGUGGCUCCGAGCACGUUAUCAACGACAUUCGCUACACCAUGGAAAUGCAUAUUGUGCAUCGCAACAAGAAAUAUGCGACGAUUGGCGAGGCGCUCAACCAUCCUGAUGGCGCCGCGGUGCUUGGCUUCUUUUUCAAUCUGGAUGAGGACGAGGGCCAGGGGCUGGUUACCAUCAAUCGUCAUCUGCACCUGAUCGCGGAUGCCAAUCAGGAGGCAGCGCUAAAUGUCACAUUUUCGCUAUCCUCGCUGAUAGCGAAUGUGGAUGUGGACAAGUUCUAUACGUACAAGGGUUCGCUAACUACGCCGCCCUGCUCGGAGGCCGUCACCUGGAUACUGUUUCCCGAUCCCAUACCCAUAUCGCCCAAGCAGAUUUCUCGCUUCCGCCAGCUGUCGGAUACUCAAGAUGGCGCCUUGGUGGACAACUUCCGAACGUUGCAGCCGGUUGGCAAUCGUCGGAUUUUCGCGCGUACGGGUCACGUGCGUCACACAUCGAUUGCGGCUCUGAAGCACGAGGGCGACUAUCUCAAGUACGAUUGGUUCUAUUGAGUGGCCAAACUGUGUGGAUGCUCUGUGUGCCAUGCUACGCUAGAUUAGUUUUAAGCACCUAGUUCUUUUCGCAUUUAUUAUUUAAUUGUAAGCU